AUGAGACAAUUGGAUAGGCUCAAGCAUGUCCUUCAUCGGUUCAAUAAAAGGGAGGUUGGUGAUGUCAUUCACAACUAUUCAGCAGCUAGGGAUCACUAUCAAAAAACUCAGUGUAACCUUCAACAAAAUCCUCAUUUAGCUAAGCUUCAACUUGCUGAAAGGACUGCCUGUUUGAAUUUUUCUCAUCAUUCUAGAAUCUAUGAAAGUUUUCUUCGGCAAAGAAGCAAGAUCACCUGGCUUCGUUUUGGAGACCAAAAUUCUGCAUAUUUUCAUGCUAGUCUUAAGCAGAGAAAAGCUGCUAAUCGGAUCACAUCUUUUUUGGAUGAUAAAGGUCAGAUAAAUGAUAAGUUUGAGGUUGUUGUUGCUCAUUUCUUGAAUCAUUUUAGAAGUAUCAUGGGUAGUCCUAGUUUGACCUCCUUUCAAAUUCAGAAAUACUGCUUUAUUCAUGGUGAUACUUUGAGUUUGGAUCAUCAAUUGAGUUUAAUUAAACUGUUUACCAAGAAGGAUGUGAAAUCAGUUCUUUUCAGUAUUAGCUCUGUUAAGAGCCCGAGUCUUGAUGAAUUUUGCUCGGGCUUCUUUAAAGUAAUGUGGAAAGACUUAGGAGAUGAAAUAGCUGAUGCAAUAUUGGGGUUUUUUUAUCAUGGUGAGCUUCCCGCGGAACUAAAUAAAACUACCCUCUCUCUUAUUCCUAAAGUGGAGACUUCUACUAGAGCAGUGGAUUUCAGAUCAAUUGCGUGCUGUAAUUGUUAG